CGGAAGUAGAAGUGAAAGAAAUGUAAGAUUGACGUGUACCACCCCGAAAAAGCGUCGCAAUUGUCCACUUGUUGCGAGAAUGUUGGAGUAAAAUACUUCAGGAAUGCAGUAGAGGGCUGGAGUUUGGAGUACAAUUCCACAAGACCAUAGAACCUGUUGCUCAACAUUUUUACAACACCAGAAUCUAAAUGACUGUGAAACAACAGUGAGUGGUAUCGCUUGAAGAGGAACGUGCUGUUCAUUUUGGAGUGAGCAGUAUUAACAGUGCUCCAUGCAACGCUGACCUCGGAGCUACUUGAUAAUUCAAAUUUCUAAGAAAACGUGGCUGGAGAUCAACCACUAUGAGGAAGUGAUUUAUUGAAGCAUAAUACCGCGGUCAACCGGCAAAGUUCCACUUUUCCCUAUCUGUGCAAUAGAGCCGCUAUUUCCCGAGUUCACUCAUCAUACAGACUGCACUUUUGUCUCUGACGGCUCCUGAUGGCUCAAAAGCCAGCAUCAUCAAUCCAGGAUUGGCUGGAGUCGCUAGAUCUCGGCCACUUCACCCCUAACUUUCUUGUCAAUGGUGUGACAGAGCUCCACCAGGUGUGUCGCCUGACGGAAGAUCAGCUGCACAUAUUAGGGAUCACGCAGAGAGGCUACCAGAAACGGAUCCUCAACCAUUUACCAACUCAGGCAGAGGCCUUGUUGUCGGAGUUCGUCGUGAAUACCGAGAAGGAUAACCAUAAGCCCGCGAUGGAUGCUCCAAUGCCUCCGCCGAGGGUCAAUGCCAAAUCGCAAAGCAAAGAGAACGGUCACAAUAAAGGCAAGAAGCCGAUAUUUGAUGAUGAAUCAUAUUUAAUGCAUCCACCGCCUGGUGCAGGCGAAGUUCAAUCCAACACUCCCAUCCUGCCUCCAAGGCAGAGAUCUGCUCCCAACAUCUUGGAGAUGGGGGAAAUGGACCAUCACUUGCCUCCAAAACGCCUGAGCGACCCCAAUGCUAACCCGUCCGUUCCUCCAAGAGGCCCUAGUCCAAGGAUGAUUCCAGCAAAUCCAGAGGUUCCUCCCAAGCAGCCACGAGAUGUACCCAGGCCUCAACCUCGAGCGAGGCCAGAGCCGAGUACAGCAGAGAGACCUCCCCCACUACCUGACCGACGGGAAAGGCAAGAUACCAGACCUGUGCCAAAGCAGCGCCCAGUACCCAAAGCCCCUGCUCCUGCUGCCGAACCACAUUCCUUGUUGAAGUUAUCUUCCCCUGCAGAACACUUCCCUAUAUCUGAGCAAAACAUAUAUCUAGAUGAUUUUCCUACUUCCGCUUCUCUUCUAUCGCCAUCCGUGCAAUUUCUCUCUCCGCCACCAAUUCUUCCACUUCCGCAGUCUCAAAGUUAUUUUGAUGUCCAUGCGGAUGAUGACAGCCUUCCUAACUUGCCUCCUCCACCCCCUCCCAAGAGUUCACCCAGUCCUAAAAUCAUUAAAAGGGAUCUACCAGAAGCUCCCCCUCCUGCUCGCCCAGACACAUCUUCACUCUCAUCUGAUGUUGGGUCACACUUAACAGACAGCUCCUCUGUGAUGUUAUCAGGGUAUGAGUUUGACGAUUAUGGCCCUCCUAGUUUCCCCCCUCCCCCUCCUCCCCCCAAAGCAGCAGCCCUUCCUUCUCCCAGUGCAGUAUCAACAAAUGACCAAGAGCUGGAAAGCCUUCCAGUGCUUCUUCCUCCAGCUCCACCAAGAGAGUUGUCCCCGUCAAUAGAUUUGUGCCCAACCAUGCCACCAAAACGUCACGACACCUCAAAUGUAUCGGCCUUGACUCCACUUUCAUCUGACUUGCCAGCUCCUCCACUACCACUUGAGGAGAGACCUGUACAAAGUGUACUCAAGGAUCUACCCCAGCCACACAGGAGCUCUUUUAACCCAUUUGAAUCAACAAAUAAAGAGAAACAGAUAACUUUUUCUGAUACUUUAGACAUUGCACAGUUUGACCCACUGUCCACAGAUGAGAAUACUACUGAGUUUUAUCCGGAUGCACCUCCAUUACGUCCACCAUCCCUUUUCUGCAACCCUGAGACAUUUGACCCUGAUCUGUCCUUCGGCCCACCCCCUUCCACGCCUCCCCCACAACUCCCAUCAGAACCCCGGCCAUCUCCCGUUCUUGCACCCAUCAUUGAUUCUGAUCUCUCGGUAGACUUGAUGUCGAGACCUGUUCCCCUCCCUCCUGCUGCGAGACGUGGAAGCCACCCUCCUCCAACUCCACCAACCAGAGAUUUGGUCAGCUGCAUGCCACAUCUGCCCGAUCGCACCCUAAACCGUUCCCUCGAUUCAGUAGAUCCUGACUUUAAAAACUCACACUUUGCAGACAAAACAGCGGCUCCAAGUCAGACAGAGCCCUACUUACUGCAGGAAGCAGUACUUAAUCAAAAGCCAAGGAGUUUACCUCCAGCAGAGUCUUGGCAAGCAACAGCCUUGCCAGCCAAAGCAUCUCACAGCCCCUUAGCAAACCUAGGACCGGUACCUACACCACCAGUUGCUCCUGUGAGACAAAACACGCAUCAAUCACCCGUACCAAUGGCGCUUCCCCGCAAGUCAUCAGACUUGCUUGAUCUUGAAGGCUACGCUGUCAAGCUCAACACUACUGGUAAUGGAAAGGGGGGAUCGGUGGAUCAUGGUUUUAGAAGUGAUCAGGCACAAAGUACUUUCGACCCAUAUUCUGUAGCGAUAACUCAAGAUAACCUUGACGACCAGUACUCAAAGAUAUUUCAUUCCUCGUUAACUUCAAAGGAUGUUGAACCAUUUGAAGUGCCUCCGCCUCCCUCUCGUCCUCCGCCAAUUCCUCCAAGGCUGGAUCCGCAGGGUGAGGCAGAACCUUCGAUUGCUUCCUUACCGAGGCCAAGUCCUAUCGGUGCCGAUUUCAACGAGGGCGACACCUACAGCUGCUUGGCAGAUGCUGAGUCAAGACCCAUCUCAGGAGCAAGUUCAGAUCGGCACUCCUACAUCUUGCUGAGUGAGUCUAUAAGUGGUGUCACUGAAGAGCACCCAACCAUCCCGACAGAGCGGUUCAUGCCAACAUUGGCAUCUCCCUUCGAGGGACACCAAGAGGCUGGUGUGCCAUUGCAACAAGAACAUGCAAAGACAUCCCACAAACCAGUCAGACGCGCUCCUCCACCCCCAGUGGUCAAACAGGCUCCGAGUCAAACCCCCAAACUCCCGACAAGAGCUGCACCUGUCCUUCCCAUGAGGCAUUCAUCUCCAACGCUGCCACCAAUUCUUAACGAGGAUGAAUACGACUUACUGGACGCCAACGGGAUUGGGCGAGAGAGCCCUCCUCAAGGGGAACCUACAGGCCUAGCAGAUAAGUUUGCUUUCAAGGAACUGGCGCAGAAUGAAGAGAGUGGAGACGAUGAUGAUUCUGGCUUUGACAUGGACAGCUUGGGUUACAGGAAGGCAUCUGUGCAGGAGGAAUGUGAUAGUGUCGAUCUGGCAGACAGACGUAGCAAAAUCCAGGAUCACGUUAUGCGGAUGGGCCAGAAGUGGCAGCGGGAGCCACAAGUACCUGAACAUCCCCCAGUAAAGCGAACGCAUAGUCGCGCCAUCGAUGAGAAAACUAGACACAGUCUAUCCAAAAAACUAUCGCAUUCUCUGCAAGAUGGUAACAUCACCGCUGAGGUGCAGUCAUCAACUAAGGCAGUCCAGCUAAAGAAGAGUGGAUAUCUCUGGAAGCAAGGCGGAAAGCAGAAUAAUAAAGGGUUCAGGAAGCGCUGGGUUGUCUUUAAUGGAACCGAGAUCAGAUACUUUGAAAACGAACAAUCGUUGUCUGAGUGCAAAGGGAUCAUCCCUUUGGGGACAAUGCGUGACGUCAAAAACCACUGCGGAACAGCCAAAUUUGGCGAUGGAAAACACAACCGUAUCAUUGUGGAGACCACUGGGAGGUCGUUCCAUUUUGCUGCCGAGACCUUGGUUGAGGGAACGCUAUGGGCCAAUACGCUGAUGCAAGCUAUUCUUUCCUACAAGACUCCACCGGGUGGCUUUCCUGUGGGAGGAGAUAUGAGCUGCCCUGACAAAAUGGGUUAUGUGAAAAUUGAUGGCUACCGAACAAAAAGGUUUCUUGCUAUCAAAGGAGAGAUGCUUUGCAUUUACAACACGGAAAUGGAUUUUGAGUCGGCCAUAGCGAUUUCAGAUAUCCAGAUGAAGCUUGCAUCGGUGAAGGAACUGCCAAAAAAUAAGAUGCAGCUAGCUACUCCACCAAAGAUCUACACAUUGACUGUGGAUUCUCCCACUGAUGUGAAGGAAUGGAUUGAAACCAUGAAGGAGGCCAUUCAAGAGGGACUAUCGGAUCACUCGAGCUUGGAGAAGAUUAAGCAGAACUCAUCCAACAAAUACUGUGCAGAUUGCGGGAUGAAAGAUCCUGAUUGGGCAUCCAUUAACCUGGCCAUAGUUGUAUGCAAGAACUGCUCUGGUCUCCAUAGAAAUCUUGGUGUGCAGCUCUCCAAGGUCCGAUCCCUUAAGAUGGACACCAAAGUCUGGACCCCGGGGCUGGUGCAGCUCAUGAUAGAGCUCGGUAACAGAAAGUCUAAUAGAUUCUGGGAAGCCAACUUGAAUGAGAGGGAAAAAGCCGUGCCAGAUGACACCCUUGAGAGGAGACAAGCUUACAUCUUCAAUAAAUACAAAGAGAGAAAGUACUGCAAGCAGAACUCUGUAGAUAAAGACAUGGACAGGACUCUUGUGAAAGCAGCAUCUCUUGGUGACCUUGAUGAAUGCAUCAGGCUCGUUUUCUCUGGUGCUAAAGUAACUUAUGCUAGAGAAGAUGGAAAAACUGCUUAUGAUGUGGCAAUGUCAUCCAACUUCCUUGGUGUAGCGGAGUUCCUGCAGCAGAACAUUGGCAUACAAAUCAUGCCUUCGAAGAACAACAGUGCUCCCGUAAGUAUUUCCAAGGGACAGCCCAAGAACGAUAAGGCGUCACUUGUGAAGACACAGCCGACCCGUGAGAGCAAACAAGAGUUCAUUAAGAAGGAAGGGUACUUGCAUAAGACUGGAAACAAUAAGAAAGAAUUUCAGCGACGAUACUGCACCCUUAUGCAUGGCAUCUUCAGCUACUACGACGACAGGAGUCAGCCUCCAAAGAACACCAUAGAAGGCAUUGAUAUGGUCCUGAUUGCUACGGCUGAGCAGAGGCAGGGGCAUAAAUACUGCUUUGAGGUCUACACAUCUGUUGGGAGGACCUACCUCCUCUCUGCAGAGACAGAAGAAGACCGUAGGGAGUGGAUGAUUGUACUAGCUAAGAUUCAUUCACUGGAGUGCAUGUGGCAAACACUGGAGGAGUUUGAACAAGCUGGUUUCUUGCACAAAAAGGAAGGAGCCGCAGCGACCAACUGGCAGAGAUUAUGGUUCAUUCUGAAGGGCAAAUCUCUGGUGUCUUACUCAGUCAUUCAUGACAAGUUGGAGGAAAUCGACCUAAGGAAACUUAUCUCACUGAGUCGGCAAGAUUCUGACAGUGUAGGAUCUUCGGAUUAUAAUCAUACGUUAUCCAUAGUGCUGCCUGGAAUGAACAUCUACCUACGAGCAGAAACCAAACAAGCGGCAGACUGCUGGUAUGAAGAAAUCAACAAAGUCACAAUGCGAAAAGGUCAAGCUCUUGAGGAUCAGUCAUUGACGAGAGAUAACGUACCAAUCAUUGUCAGCCAGUGUAUUGGCUUUGUAGCUACACAUGAAGGAGUAAUGACUGAGGGUAUUUAUCGGUUGAGCGGUACCAGCAGCGUCAUCAGGAAGAUCGUAGCUACCUUCAUUGAAGACCCUCGUACAGCUCGGCUAGUGGAAGAGUACUCAGUCCACGAUGUCACCGGAGCUCUCAAAAAAUUCUUCCGGGAGCUUCCUGAUCCUCUGCUGACCUCCAAGCUGUAUAAGCAAUGGACUGAAGUCGUGUUGUAUAAAGAUCAUUCAGCUCGGCUGCAGUGGCACCAACAUCUUCUUAGCGAACUCCCUCCUGUUAACUAUUCCACACUCAAGAUGUUAAUCGGACAUCUCAAAAAUGUUGCCGAUAAUAGUGAAUUCAACAAAAUGUAUGUACGCAAUCUUGCGGCAGUGUUUGGCCCAACACUAAUGGCCUCCAGUGAUUCAACUUAUGUGCAUGCUGAGCAUGAGAUUGCAGUCAUAGCCGACCUGCUGACGUACUAUGCGUGGCUUUUCGGGGUGUCAGAUGAAGAGAUGGCCAAAGAACGGGAGAAAGAACUGAAAUACCAGCAAGGGCUGGAAAAAAUCAAGGCUGCACGAGCAUCCGAGGCGUUUGCUGAUGAGCAGUUGAUCAUGGUGGAGAUUUUCAUGGGCAAGAGAGAACCAGCAAAUACAAACAGCAUCAAUAUUAAGAUGUCAAUGGAUCACACAGCAGAAGAGAUUGUCAGGAUAGCAUUGGAGCAACAGAAACAGAUUGAUGAUGGCAGUUGGGCAAUGUUUGAGGUCAUCGCUAAGGGAGAAUUACAGCGUUUGAUCCACGGAUAUGAGACAGUCUUACCACAGAUUCUAGCCUGGAAUCAAACGAUGGCAGCAGACAACUACAUCUGUAUCAAACACAACUCACUCGUGGAAAAGAUCAAACCGUAUAUGGAUCAGGCCACCCUGUCGGAUCUUGUGAAAUUCAGCGAGAGCAAAAAGAGCUUUAAAAAGUACACGUUUGGACUUGAGCACAACAUGGUGACCUGCUACAAGGAAAAGAGUUCAACAGUCUCCUAUGUGUGGAAAGUUGCUGAUAUGAAGAUAUACACAGGAGUAGAGAGGAAGAGAUCUCCUCCAACUCAAUGGGGUAUAUCGUUCACGGUCAACAAUGAAGAGGGAUUGAAAGCAAUGUGUUUGGACAGUGAAGGUUCGUACCACUUCUGGUUGGCCGGACUUCUCAAAUCAAAGAAGGAAGCUAGCAGUAACUUGGGAAAUGCUGUAGUUGACCCUUCGUCAGUGACAUACUCAUCGCAUGCAUUAUCCUUCAGAUCAGAACAUGAGAGUUUUUCGAGUCGCCAAUCUCGUCAACUGAACAGUGUCGUCGGGAAAAUGAGCUUCUGGAGAAAGUCCAGAAUGUCUUCAGUGGACGAUUUAUAAGAAAUGUUUUCUACGAGCAGUUUUGCUUUCGGAGGGCGCCAUAAAACACAAAACUCUGACACAACACGAAGUGAUAUUUAGAGUGGAGGUACAGUCUGGUGUAUAAGAAAUGUUUCUUCAACUCUUUAAGCAGUUUUGCUCCGGAGGCUGCCAUAGCAUAAAACUCUUAUGCAACACGCAGCAGCAGACUUAUGAAAUGCCAUUCAAAUGUCUGUGUGUGUUUAGUGCUAGUCUUGUCAACAUGCCACUUUUUGCGAGCGUACUGGGGACCUCUGAGGAGCUGGUCGCAUUCGGUUCUGCGCUAACAGGACCCCCUCAUGGCUUCCUAGUUUUCUGUCCCAUCAAAGCUGGGGCGGAUUGUGCGGCGAGUGGUUUAACAGAGUCCCUGUGGUCAUGGUUAGGUGGUUCUGAUGGAAGGGCACUGUAAACAAUGAACAGGUUAACUCUUUAGAUGGAUUCGUGCCCAAUGCUCUAAUCAAAGACCUGUUCCUGUCACACGCCAGCCAAAAAUUUAACAAUCGGAUUAUACUGCAUUGACAUGAGGCCUUCCAUCUCUGCUCGGGAUGCCGUCUGUUCAACCGGGCAUGCGUACUGGGCAUGCGUCAAUGUUCAACCGGGCAUGCGUCAAUGAUUAAUUAAUGAAUUUUUAGACUAUCUGAUUGCGCUUCAGAGACACAACUGUAACAAAAAGUCGCUAAAAUUUGAACAUUUGUCUUCAAAGUUUGUGCUAAGUAAAACUAAGCAGGAUUCUAUUCUCAGAUUACACAUGUGACACAGAAUUUUGGCUGGUAACUUAAAUCUGCUAAGCAACAAUGUGCUUAGGUACUGUUUGUGUUUAAGCAGAUCUGUUUUGGCCUUGAACAUGUAUAAGUAUAUAUGUAUAUAAAAUGUAUCUUGCUACUGCAACCGUGUAAAUAAUCAUCCUGCAAUAUCUAAAUAGAGAUUUUUCUUUGACAAAGUAAUGAUGUACAUUGGCUUCAGACCCCAUGCACUGGCGUCAUUUGCAGCUACUCUCUGCCCAAUGGUUGCUUUUUAGGGAGUUAAAUUGCUUAUCGCCUAAAAUUUGGCGUGCAAAGUAGGGCCAUGUCUGAACUGACACUGAGCAGUUUGGGUGGGCAGUUGACUCGUUCCCCCGCUUGAUCGAACGCCUAUGACUCCGAAACUAGCAACAUUUCUUUACAAUUCAAAGCUAUACACAUAUUUCAAGAUUGUUUUCAAGUUGGCUUAAAGGCAGUGGACACUAUUGGUAAUUGUCAAAGACUAGCCUUCACAGUUGGUGUAUCUCAACAUAUGCA